GAAACAUUGAGCUUCUUGAAUACAAUAUUAUGUUUAGUGAAAAUAUACCGGUACUAGCAACGAUUCUGUUCGUUUAACGCCGUCUUGCUAUUUACAUUAUACAUUUAGGAUUGCUUAAUAAUUAUGCUGAUUUGCAUACGAAAAGGACGCAUGCGCUUUGUAAAUUCGUUCUUUGCUUGGCAUUAUAGAGACUUCAGCCACACAGUGAUGAUCGCUACGAUGAGAUCAAUAGAAGAGGAAACUAAGAGAUAAGAUUUUUUUUAGCAUGUUGGAUGUGACCAGGCUUUACUGCUGUGGGGACAAGUAGACUACGUGUAAUUUCAACAUGCUGCUGAGAGGCAGGCGAGGAAGAUGAAAAAGCAAAAUUUUAGGACCCUUUUCUUGAUCAUAGCCACUUUCAUGUAUUUGUUAUUUGGUGCUGCCGUUUUUGAUGCGAUGGAAGCAAAGAAGGAAGAGCAUAUGAACGACAGCUUGUCUAGACGAGAGGAACAUAUUAAACACAAAUAUAAUGUGUCUGAUGAGGAUAUGGCCAACUUGACUACGAUUAUAUUACUUCUCAAGCCCCACAGGGCUGGUGUACAAUGGAAAUUCGCUGGAUCAUUCUACUUUUGUAUGACAGUUAUAACAACAAUAGGUUACGGCCACUCUGCGCCUCGUACUGAUGGAGGCAGGGUUUUUUGUAUGAUGUAUGCUGUCUGUGGGAUUCCUUUAAAUUUGGUUAUGUUCCAGAGUGUUGGAGAACGACUGAACGUGUUUAUGGCAUUUGUUGUUAAACGACUCAAACGACUUCUCGGAUUCCAUAACGACGAUGUAUCUCAUACGGAGCUUGUCAUGCUCGGCGGAUUCAUGAGCAUAUCUGCGACUUUUCUUGGAGCAUUUGCCUUUGCCAAAUUUGAAGGUUGGAAUUUUUUAGAAGCUUAUUACUAUGUAUUUAUCACUCUUACUACCGUCGGAUUCGGCGACUACGUCGCCCUUCAGAAAGAUAACGAUUUACAAGACAACGCUAGCUACGUUGCGUUUAGUAUCUUAUACAUUCUCAUUGCGCUUGUGAUUGUAGCGUCUGUGAUGAAUUUACUUGUAUUGCGUUUAUUAACUCUGAAUACAGAAGACGAACGCCGGGAGCAAGAGGAAAAUCAGUUACAACAAAGGAGCCAUAGUUUCGAAAUGAACCACUUACAUGAUAAUGACAUGGAAAGAACGUAUGUUGAUCAUUGCAAUUCACACAGGAAUAAUAUUAACAGGACAACGUAUAGUACAGAGAAGGAUUUCCGUGCGUUUUGUACGUGUUCUUGCCUCAAGAAAAAUUCUAAUCAUUCACGAACUAAUUGUGGUACAUAUCUUCCGCAUAAUACUAUACAAAAUUCACUCCCGUUACGUCAUUCACAGUAUAAUCAUUUCAACGAUGAUGACGAAAUGCUCGUGCAAUUUCGCGAAUCAGGAAGAUCGUCAAAUCGAGCGUCUAUUUAGCCGUGAUUCCAUGUAUCGAGGUCCUCAAUGUAUACUUUAGUUAUUCAUCAAAUUGAGCAUCUUGUGAUUACGUCAUAAAUAUCCGGUGAAAGGUAGAAACCAUUCACCGGUCAGUAUUUUUGUAGGUCUUUCAUACAAUUUUUCUAUCGCUACCACAGCAUGUUGCAAUCCAACGAUGGUGACUGUCAAUUCAAGGCGAGUGUGUGUGAGGGAGUGAGAGUAUGAAAUCUGAGAUGAUGGAGUUGAGUACGAUUGUGUAGUAGUAGCUUUGCGAGUGUAAUGCUGUUUUGGGUUCGAGUGUUAUAAUUAAAAUGAUUAAGCGCACAAUGAAAUUGGGAUGAAAGGGCAUGGGAAUGAGCUUAGAUAAAGUUUGACAACGCCUUUUUAUAAGCAUGGUUUCAGUUUUAUUAUUUCGUUAGGUUGUCUGUGCAAAAUCGUUUAUGAAAUAUCUGUGCAUGUAUAUUUAUAACAAUACCAAUUCUAAGUUUAUUUAUCGUGUGUAUUUGGUAUAAUUAUCAAAACACUGAGUAUAUAUGCGCAUGCAUUUUAUGGGAAAUUUAUACUUGAAACGUAAGGGGUUACGUAUUAUAAGAAAUUAGAUUGUUCGUUUAAAUUUUUAUAUAGCAAAUUUCUCUUGUGUGUGAAAACGAUUACUCUUGCUACACGAUUAAAAAACUGCGUCCCAUCAUUAUUAUUUCCUUCUUUUAAAGAAAUAUAGGCCUUUAGUUUGACUCAUUUCAAUUAAUAUACUUUUUUAACGCAGUAAUUCAUUAUGUGUAUCUGAAUUCUAUUGUCACCCACGUUAGGCUACUGGGUUUGUUUAUAACUGCAACGGAUGAUUUAAAAAUUGAAGCUUUUUUUGUGUAUAAAUUUAAUAUUUAUUGAAUUAAUCUGUACAGGCCGACAUUUUUAUAUACUGUAUUCGUGGGUGGGUUUCUAUGUUUUCUAUGCUAGGUUAUCAUAUUUUCUAGCCUAGCGUAUGAAUUUCUAACAGCGUUGAAUUUAAUUGUUCACGCCUGCGCUGUCGGAUUAUAUCUCCAUCCAUGGGCACUACAGAAGGCCUUGAGUGAACAGCGUAGUUUGUCAUCGUUUCAAUUACGCCAUGGAAACGUAGCAGAGAAUGCACACUCUAUUAUUAUGAGAACGUGGCCGCCUCCGCUAGUGGCUCAACUUUUAGUCCACAAUAUCAAGACGACGCCAAUUAACCAGGAAUAUGAUAAUACAUAAUGGAACAUAUACUAACUACGAUCAGGUGCUAUUUUAAUAUCGUGUGCAACGUAAAAUGCCUUAUACAGAAGAUUGCUGUCAACCAUGUAUUUCGGCAACAUUAUCGUCUUCUUCGUAUUACGUCAUAGUGCUUAAUGUAACUGUUAACAUUGAAAAAAAAAUACUUGAAAUUUUGCGUGUUAAGAGACGUAUUUAGUUAUUACAUGUUAUUAACAUGUAUGCAUGUUUUAACGAUUUGUAGGCGGUAAUUGUGGGCGAUGUUUGUGGGCGCUAAUUGUUUUGCGUUGACGGAUUGUGGGUUAAUAAAUAAGUAAUCUGAAUCCCCCAUUUCAUUAAUAACGUACGGUAUAUUAUCCAUUUGCUCGCAAUAUUUUGUAUCUAAGACUGAGGUGAUCGAUAUUGUAUGUUCUUAUAAUUAUCACAAUGUUUUGAUUCUUGAUUGCACGAUGUUUUUAAAUGGUUUAUAUUUAUUAAUGCUUCAUACGUUUUAUUACCGUAUUUACAUUUAAAAAAGGUGUUUCGUUUAAAAACUACAAUAAAAAGUACGAAUCAGUGUUAUUUUAGUA